AUGGCGGCCCUGGCCACACUGUUUUGUGGCUGCCGCUUGCCAGAUGAUUGCCGAACUGCUCAGAAGUCAAAACCAGACAGGAUCUCACCAGCAACGUCUGCUCAGUGCAGAACAAAGUCGCUUGGCUCGAGCAGAUCCUCUCAGUGUACACCUCGUUGCACAUCGAAGGCACAUCAUUGCCAGGAGGAUGAGGCGCAGCAUCUUCAGCAGAGACAUGUGAAUGUCAGCGACAUCAACCAAGAAGUGUGGAGAAUCGUGAAGAACUUCAAAGGUGGGAAGCCUGUUGUGACUCAAAUCAGCGAUGCAGAGUACGAAGUGAAUGGCCGACGAAUCAGGCUACUUGCCCCUGCAAACUCUCGCAUGCUAGUGAAAGAGGACUGCGGAAUUGAGAGCCAGGUGUCUUUUGAAACAUACCUGGCGCAGGUGGGAAUCAAGUAUGAAGUGCUUGUAAACCAAGACAUCUCAAUUUGCCUUUAA